AUGCAAGCCUGCAGCAAAAUUGGCCACAUUGUCAGGAUCCGGCAGAUGCUCCGGCGGUGGCGGAAAAAGGCAGCGAUGGCGGCGGCCCGUCGGGCACCCGCCGACGUGCCGGCUGGGCACGUGGCGGUCGCCGUGGGCUCCGGGCGCCGGCGGUUCGUGAUACGGGCCACAUACCUGAACCACCCUCUGUUCAGGAAGCUUCUUGUUCGGGCCGAGGAGGAGUACGGGUUCGGUAAUUCGGGCCCUCUGGCGAUCCCCUGCGACGAGUCUCUGUUCGAGGAAAUCCUGAGGUACCUGGCCCGAAGUGAGCCCGAUAUGAAUAGCUCGGCCCGGUCAAUGAGCUUUGAGGAUUUUCAAAGAUAUUGCAACAUGGGCUUCAGAACUAAUUUGGAGCUUUGGGCCGAUUCAAGGCCCCUUUUGCAUGGUGGGUCAGAUAGGUCCAUUUGUGACUCGGAGAAUGUGUUACUACUCACUAGUGGAGAUGACAAGUGGAAGUGGGUGAGCGAGUCGCCACCGAGUCAUCCCGGGUUGGAAAUGGGAGCCGAGUCAGCAAACGAUCAUGAAAAAAAUGCAUGCAAUAACGAGAAGAAAGGUGACGAUAAUUGA